AUGGUCGAAUCAUUCAAGGCAUGCAUUGCAUGUGGCUGGACGCCUGGUCAGCAAGAACAAUGUUCUUAUUCAAGCCAUGUCAAACUCUUUUACGGCGCAAGCACGCGGGGUGUAUGGUCGAUUGGGACCGACGUGAUUAUGAAAGACCUCCCUAAUGAAAGUCCAAAAAUUGAAGUGAAAACACUGCAGUACCUGAAAAACUACCCGAAUAUCCCAGUUCCGAACGUCCUAUGCGACUGGGUCGACACCAAUGGGCGAUACUUUGUCCUUCAACAACGGAUACAAGGACAAACACUCGAGGAGGCAUGGCCGUUUUUAACAGAGCCUCAAAAGUCAGCCAUUGCAGACCAGGUUGUUGAAUUUCGCAAACAGCUACGAUCCCUCACAUCAAAAUCUAUACAAUGCGUCGAUCAAGGCCCUUGUUACCCGGCGUUGCUUUUCUCUGACCGCAAACCGCAUGGACCCUUUAAUUCCGACCUUGAACUAUGGGAUGCCAUAAGUUUUAGCCUCCAAGGUCUGCCUCAACAGGCCUUGGAGAACCUGAAAAAGCGUCUACCUAAGUGCGAACCAUACGUACUCACCCACUGUGACCUUAAUCUUGGCAACAUAAUGGUCAAAGAUGGAACCCUUACUGGAAUACUUGACUGGGAAUUUGCUGCCUAUUACCCUAUAUGGUACGAAUAUGUCUCAGCUUCUUGGGGAUGGACGGAAGAAGAUGCUAGGUGGAAAAAGCUACUGCAGGAGCGUUUGAAUUCACAUGGUGAUGGACAUGAAGAUGCGAAGGAUUUUUGGACAGAUUUGCGUCUCUUGAGAAAGUUUCCAAACUUGGAUGAAAAAGGGAGAGAAGUCUUGGAAAGUUUGUCUUCAGACUAG